AGAAGAUUUGUAGGUAUUAUGAUGUGGCUGAGCACUUGAACAUAUCUGCUAAUAAGGAACUCUUCUUAUACACCAUGCCCAAAAGGAACUGGAAAGAACCUUUGGAAGUUGGUCUUGAUUUCACCCUAAUAUCCAUCCUUUCUGUAAAAGAAAAACUGCAGGUGGUCACAUUCUAUUUUUGGCUCAAUGUGGUCUGGAAAAAUGACUUUGUCUUCUGGAAUCCCUCAGAUUUCUGUAACAUUACAAAGAUCACUCUUCCUGUGAACCUCUUUUGGAUGCCUGACAUCCACAUAGAUGAACGGGCAGAUGAAGACAAAUUCACAUCCAGCCCCUUUGUUAGCUUCUCAUACAACGGUGAUGUUUUUGCAUUCCAAGUCUAUCGACUCACCUCAUCCUGCAGUCUGGACGUCCAUGCAUUUCCUUUUGAUGAACAAAAAUGCAAUUUAACUUUGAUGUCUUCUAUCCAUAUAGAUAAGGAGGUAUUAAUGAAGAGCACUAAAACUUCCAACAAGACAAACCAAGAUAGUCGUCAGAAUUACCUCACAAGUGGGGAAUGGAAAUUUGUAAAUGUGAGGAUCAUACAGCAACCACUGACUUAUGAUACGGCGACCUUCAGUACAGUCACAUAUGAGAUUUCAAUGAAGAGGAGGUCGGUUUUAUAUGUGCUCGUUCUGAUCCUUCCAACCUUCACUCUCUUUUUGCUGGAUAUAGCUAUUUCUUUUACAUCUGUGUCUCCUGGAGACAUGAUUGCAUUCAAAGUAACGCUGAUUCUGGAAGUCUCUGUUUUGUCAUUGAUUCUUAAUGAGAUGCUCCCAGCAACAUCAGAUGUUCCACCUGUUAUAGCAAUGUUUUUCAGUGGCAUCUUCAUGUUUAUGGUCCUUGGAAUCCUGGAGAAUGCAUUGAUAAUGUAUCUCAAGGAGAAGAAACCAAAGUUCCUUUUCUUCAAGGACAGGAAAGGUAUGAACAGGUCCUUGAGAAAGAAGACAGAGAACCCUGUGAUUAUUACACUUUUGAAACAAUUUUCAAUGGGAGAGGGGUUAGAUCCAGCGCAGUGUUUCUGUGGGUGCAAGAACUAG